CUCGGCUCAGCCGCGGUGCCGGGACAGACCAGCCUGCUGCGAAGCUGGAUAUGCUGAGGCACAGACUCCGGUGGCUCCAUCACACAGCCUCGCAAGCGCCGGGAGGAGAGGAAAAAAGAGAAUCUGGCGCACAUUUUCGGCAUUGUGUCGUAAACCGCUGCCAAGUGGGGGAAAAACAACAAAAAGAAAAAGUUGUACAUUUGUCGCUGUGCUGAUCGUUCCUUGAGCCCGGUGCUUCCGUGUGUCGGCGGGGAGUGAUUGGAGUUGACAAGCCUGUCCCCCCCCUCUCAUCCACCACCUCCCGCUCCCUCUCAACAACCAGGAAAUCGUCGAGGUGUGCUCCUUUUAUUCUGCUGGCGGCUGCCGCUUGGCGGGUGUAAAUGAGUAUCGCCGAUUUGUUUGGUCGGUUUUUAAAAAAAAUAUUUCAUUAGUUUGCUUUUAAAUACCGAAUUUCGCGUCUGAAGUCAUCCAAACCGCACACAAGGAGAGGAUCUCCGCUCUCGCCGAACAAUGAGUGAGUCCAGUAUCUGCCAGGCUCGGGCGACUGUGAUGAUCUAUGAUGAUGGCAAUAAGAAGUGGCUGCCGGCGGGCACUGGACCCCAGACCUUCAGCAGAGUCCAGAUCUACCACAACCCUUCCAACAAUGCCUUCAGAGUAGUAGGACGCAAGAUGCAGACAGACCAGCAGGUGGUGAUAAACUGUCCAAUUGUUAAAGGCUUGAAGUAUAAUCAGGCCACUCCCAACUUCCACCAGUGGCGGGACGCUCGGCAGGUGUGGGGGCUGAACUUUGGAAGUAAGGAGGAUGCUGCUUUAUUCGCCAAUGGCAUGUUGCACGCACUGGAGGUGCUCAACUCCAUGGCAGAUGCAGGUUAUGCCACCCUCCCCCGCCCUGUGUCCAAUGGACCAUCCCCGGAGGAGCUAGAACAACAAAGGAGAUUGGAGCAGCAGAGACUGGAACAACAGGAGAGAGAGCGACAGGAGAGAGAGAGGCUGGAGCGGGAUAGACAACCCACUGCAGUUCCCAUUCCCCCAGCACCACCAUUGGCCUCAGGAGGACCCCCACCCCCCCCAGCUCCUCCUCCACCGCCUGCUCCAGCUCCUCCAGCUGCUGGAAUCCCUCCCCCUCCUGCACCUCCUCCCUCAGGACCCCCACCUGCCCCACCUCUGCCCUCUGAGGGAGGAAUUGGUGGUGGUGGUGGUGGUGGAGGAGGUGGGGGUCUGGCAGCUGCCCUGGCAGGGGCUAAGCUCCGUAAAGUGUCCAAGCAGGAGGAAGGAGGCACUGCAGCCCCAGCAGGCAGAGCUGAUGUCAGCCGCAGCAGUAAUUCCUCCAUUGGAGGAGGGGGAGGUGGUGGGGGAGGAUUAAUGGGUGAGAUGAGCGCCAUCCUUGCACGGAGGAGAAAAGCAGCAGAUACUGGGGAGAAGGCACUUGCGAGGCCACAAGAUAAUGAGGAUUCAGAGACCCAAGGCCAAAGUGACACUAUUAGAAGACCUUGGGAGAAGUCAUCUACUAUAACCAGGAAUAACACCAUCCCCAAGAGCAUGGACUCCACUUCCUCAUUGUCCCAAGGUUCCAGGAUGAAACCUGGGGGUGGCAGUAAUGAUACAGGUGGAAGCGAUGACACUGAUUUGGAGAAAAUGAAACAGGAAAUUCUAGAGGAGGUGCGGAAAGAGCUUCAAAAAGUAAAAGAGGAAAUAAUCGGAGCCUUUAUUCAGGAGCUGCAAAAAAGAAGCACAUAGUUGUACUGAGUAUCAGCAAAUUGGAGGGAUGAGAUGGAUGGAGGAAGUUAUGGCCCACCAUGUGGCCCCUCCUCUGCUGCCCCCUCUUGCAUAGCCCAGGGAUUUUUCUCUCUCCAUCACGCAUUCUCUUACUCUCUCUCUUACACAUACAUAAAUAAGCAUACUUGCUUAUGUGCACACCCUACAUAUUCCCUUCAUGUAAACGGUAACCCAGGGAACCUGUUCACAUUGCCAUCCAGGACUUAAUUCACUACCACCACUGUGAUGCUACCAGUGGUGAGCCCAAUUCAUCCCUGUCCGUUAAUCUAAUCCCUUCAUCAAUUCUGAUUGUUCCUUCCAUGAGAACCACUUCAGAGCAUCAUCCCCCAUUAUCCUUUCCUCCUCAUAUACAUUUUGGCCUCACUUCCUCUCCCAGCUGUUGUCAGGAACACCAGUUAAUGUCAGGGUGGUUUUCAGUAUUCAGGGACAUUAUACUAUUCACAUUUUUACUGUAAUAGCAAGAUUGUGCAUGCAGGGUUUUGUCAACAAUCCUUUCUAUUUAGCUCUCUCUCACACUUGGCACAUCAUUCAACAUUAAGCAUUGCCUUCACAGAGAGUUUAGGUUAUACAAUCCAUGGUAGAAAAUUAUCUCUCUGUUCACCUUAAUCAUGAUUAGAGAUGAAAGGACAGAACAUGACCAUGAAUCUAUGACCUCAGGGUGGGGAACUACCACUCCCAAGUACUGUCUGACCUUUGGCAAACAGCAAGGGAUCAGAGUGCCCCUCUGCAUCUUAUCCAAGUGGAUGUACAGCUGCCAAGGACACAACAGCACAGCUUAAGCCUUCCAUGCUGAGAGAUAGAGAAAUACCGAUGGAAGAAGAGACAAGCUAAGGGAAUGUGACGGACAACCUGAGUGUUGUGAAAGAGAAAUGUGUUGUAGUUUUAUGGAUAGUGUGAGAAAUUAUUCUCUUGCAUUGCACUUGUUCCAGAAAAAGUGUGCAUUCAUGUACCACACUGUAUCGAAACACUCUCCCUCUCAUUAAGAAUGAGAUAUUUGUUGGCCAGUGCAGUGGUCCUAUUAUGUGCUUCUUGGUUGUUUUUUUUUCUCUUCCAUUCUAGGUUUGUUUUGAAACAUGAAAAUGGCCAUGACAAGGUCAAUUAAUUUGGCCAUGACCAACUGCCUUGAGAAUAAAUAUAUAAAUAUAUAUAUGAGGAAAAUAUAUAUAUUUGUUUUGAGGGAAAAUGUUAGCAAAUUGAAAUGCUGUUUCUAUUUUAAUUGAGAUGACUGGUGAAUGGGGAUUUUUUUGAUUGUUUUCUUAUUAUGAAAUGUAUUUUGGGUUUACUGUUUCUUUUUUCUAAUAGAAUAUAGGCUUUUUACACUGAAAUAUAAAGAAAAAGCUUAGAGACACUGGACUAGAAAUGCCUUUAUAGUCAAAUACAGCUGCUUCUUGA